UGGGUUAUUUACUUAUGAGACACACUGUUGCCCAGGCUGGUUUCGAUCUCCAAGCAAUGAAUCUGUCUCAGUCCCCAGAGUACUGGGAUUACAUCCAGGAUCCGCCAUGCCCCAUUUUAGAAUAGUGAUUUAUCCAGAGACUCCAUUUAGAAAUAGAAACCAUUAGGUUGCCCAUGGCAAGGUAUGUUUUGGGGAACCUGUUUACUUUCCCACCCUGUUGCCUCCUUCGAGUCAAACCGAGACUGGAAGGCAAGGUCUAGCGCAUUUUCAGACCGCAGCCGGGUCACCUGCCCUUGUGGCGUUCUCUGCAAGGUGUUUCGGCCCUAAGGACGGGCCACUGGUCCUCUCUGAGUCGGAGGCCAGCACGGCGUCCAGCUGCAGAUAUUCAGGAGGUAAUUUUAGAAGAAUCCCGAGUAGGAGGUCCUCCGUGAAAGGUUCCGGCGGCAGGCAGGUGACCCCAGACCUGCGCUGGGUCCCGCUUCACGAAGGGCGUGGACCGCCCCUACCCAGCACAGACCCGCCCCUCCCUGGACUGUAGACAGGUCAACAGGGCGGGCCUCUCAGCACAAUGGAACACCACACCUGACCGCGCCUCUCCGCGGGGCGGGAUGGGACGUCCCUAAAUGGCGGCCGCGCCGGGGUCCGUGGGUCACUCUCCGGGCGCCCUUGACGGGCCUUCGCGCCGUGCCACCUAGCUUGCUAACAAGCGGCUGGGAGCAAGGGCGGACGAGGGCUUGUCUUGACCAAUGAGCACCCAGGUUUCUGGGCUGUGUCCAAUCAGCGCCGACAGAGGAGACAGGUUCGGUUGCGUGCGCUCGGCACGAGGGACGGACACGGGCGCACGGGACCUCUGCUGCUGCGGCCCGGGACGCCCACCUCUCUCCUUCCCGCGCACCGGAUGCGGGGACCCGAUCGCUUCCGCCGUACACGCAGACGAGCGGGUCGCCAGGACCGAGGAGGCCUCGUGCAGCGGCGCUCUCCUCAGAAUCCACUCUACUCCAGCGGUUUCUGCAGAGAGGCAUGAGGGGUGGCUCCUGGCCUCGGGAGCGUGAGGCCGGCGCGGGGUCGGCCAGUUAAGGGAACUUCGCGGGCGGCCCGGCUCUCCAGCCCUUCCUCUCCGAGGCCCAGCGGCAGGCGCGGGAAUCCACAGAGGCCGAUAUGUUCCCACGGAGGCCGCCGGCCACCCUGGCCGCCUGGCUGGCGGGCGCGCGGGGCGGGGGCCUGCUGGCCGUGUUGGCCAAUCAGUGUCGCUUCGUGACGGGCCUGCGCGUGCGGCGAGCUCAGCAGAUCGCGCAGCUCUACGGCCGCCUGUAUUCGGAAAGCUCGCGCUGCGUCCUUCUCGGACGCCUCUGGCGCCGGCUGCGCGGCCCUCCCGGCCAUGCCUCUGCCUUGAUGGCGGCGCUCGCCGGAGUCUUCGUAUGGGACGAGGAGAGGAUCCAGGAGGAGGAGUUGCAGAGGUCUAUUAAUGAGAUGAGACGGUUGGAGGAAAUGUCAAAUGUAUUUCAGAGUUCUGGAGUUGAGAAUAACCCUCCUGAACCAAAGAGCCCAGCAGAAGGGAAUGAAAAGUCAAAGGACAAAGAGGAGCCAUGGGAAAUGGUGAUGGACAAGAAACACUUCAAGCUGUGGCGGCGCCCAAUUACAGGCACUCACCUUUACCAGUACCGAGUUUUUGGAACAUACACAGAUGUGACGCCUCGGCAGUUCUUCAAUGUUCAGCUGGACACAGAGUACAGGAAAAAGUGGGAUGCUCUUGUGAUCAAGCUGGAGGUGAUUGAGAGAGAUGUCGUCAGUGGUUCUGAGGUUCUUCAUUGGGUAACACAUUUUCCUUAUCCAAUGUACUCGAGGGAUUACGUUUAUGUUCGUCGGUAUAGCGUGGAUCAGGAAAACAAUGUGAUGGUCUUGGUGUCACGUGCUGUGGAACAUCCCAGUGUGCCUGAGUCUCCAGAGUUUGUCAGGGUCAGAUCCUAUGAAUCCCAAAUGGUUAUCCGUCCUCACAAGUCAUUUGAUGAGAAUGGCUUUGAUUAUUUACUGACAUACAGUGACAAUCCACAGACAGUGUUCCCUCGUUACUGUGUCAGUUGGAUGGUUUCCAGUGGCAUGCCAGAUUUCCUUGAGAAGCUGCACAUGGCCACUCUGAAAGCCAAGAACAUGGAGAUCAAAGUGAAGGACUACAUCUCGGCUAAGCCUCUGGAAAUGAGCAGCGAGGCCAAGGCCACUGCUCCGUCUUCUGAGCGAAAGAGUGAGGGUAGCCGUGGCCCAGCUCGGAUUGAGUAUGCGUAAAGGCCUUUGGGAUAAGGAGAGACAGGCACUUCGGGCCCUGCUGCUCCCUCAGCUCUGCUGCAGGGCAGGGACAAGUCACAUGUGUUAGAAGACAUCUGCUGUAGCUGUCAGUGCGAGAGAAUUAUAACUGGAGUUAGAUUUCAUUUGGAGCCGUCUUGCUCUUUACCAAACAGAGAGGACUGUGACAUCAUGGAGUCGUCAUGUUCUCAGGCCAACUGUUGUGAAAUCCAGUAUUAUGUUGAGCUAAUCUGGAACAAACCUCUCACUUUAGGCCAGAAGGGAAUGACUCCCAUCUGCCUCCUCCGAGAAGCUUCCUUGCUGACAUUCCAAAUGCCACCGUUGGUGUGCAGUGCUCUGGAUAUCCUUCAGUUGUGUAUAUCACUUGGAAAGUGAUUGGUCCUGGGGUCUCACUAAGGGGUCACUAGGAGUGCUCUUGGUAACAGUCCUGUGGUGAUGUGAACACUGGCUGAGCUAAGUGCCUUGUCCUCACCUUGCUUUAUCAUUAGAGACGUGAAGUUUGUACCAAGGAAUCCUUCCCCCUGCAAAAUACUACGACACUUACUCAUUUGACUCAAAGCAUUUUUUCAUCUUAACUGGUGGCUUUUCUGUGUUCAUGGGCUGUGCUUGCUGAAUUGUUGCCUCUGCCAUCGCCUUAGCCCGUUUGCUAGGAGCCCCAGAGACUAAUCCCUUUAGACAGUAGCUUUCUAUUGAUACCAUCCAUCAGGGUUUUGAUAGGGUCAGUGGAAGUACACACAGAAUGACUCACUUAAAAGCAGCUAUAUUUCUUUUUAACCCUGUAGCAAAAUGGAGUUGUAGAUUUGAGCACAACUCCUUAGCACUGUUUUCCCACUGCAGAUUGAUGGGCCUUCCUGGAGGCCUAAAGGUAGUGGAUGGUGGUUGCACCAUUUCCUCAGAACUUUAAAACUGUAAGCUACCAUGUGGCCAGCAGAUGAAGUCUUGCCACUACUAAUGUGGUAGGGAUAUGGCUUAAGUGACCCUCUUGAGCCUCUAAAACAUUUCUCUCCAAAGCUGACAUAGAAGUAAGACACACAGUUUGGAUAGGAUCACAACCAGAUGAUAUGGGCCUGGCAUUGCUGGUUUCUUUAUGGUGAAUAGGGAUCAAGUUUUAAAUUUUCCUCCCUCCCUUCUUUUUCCCUGGAGUUUAUGUAGCUGAAUUUUUCUUUUUGUCCUGCUUGCUAUCCUGUUGCAGUGUUGGAAAAGGAAACUAAGCCCAAGGUAAACUUAACCCUUUUUAAAAACUUUUGUUGCUGACUCAGUUCUGUGCCAAGGAAACAACUAACUCCCCCCAUUGUUUGAUGUCUUUUGGAGUAUCGGCAGAGCAGAGAUGCAUUGAGCAGUCCCAGUGUCUUUCAGUGAGCAUUUCUCCCUUCUCCCCAGGACCUGACAGAAACCAUUUAUCUGAAUUUAGCACCUGUAGUUGAAUGCGUGUGUGUUUUGUGUGUGUGUGCGUGAUGGGGUACAGGUAUUAAGCAGUUAUGGUUGCCCUUUGUUCUGACUUAAUGGUGAUUUGACUCUGUACAGUUAUUUGUGCUAUCAUAAUGAGUUGCUCCUAUGACAUUUUUAUCAAACGUGAGAAUAAAUACAUAAAGAUUGCUA